AUGGCACCAGAAAUUGAAAUUCCCACUACCCAUUCUGCCCUGACAUUCACACGGAGAGGCGACCCGCUCAGAGUUCUGACCAUAACACACGACUUCCCAACCCCGAAACCGUCCUCCCUCGGGCGCGGUGAAGCUCUCAUCAAGGUCUCCGCCGUGUCCACCGACGCCGGGGUCACAUUCAUCAUAAAAGCGAUCCCACAUCUGACCAGCAAACCAUGGAUUCCCGAGAUAAACUUCGCCGGCACCAUUGUGGCCAUGGGACCACCGUCCUCGGACGACUCGAAUGGUCUACAUGUAGGCGACGAAAUCGUCGGCGUGCGCGCCAACCCAUUUUCUAGAUACAACGGUGCCAUGCAAUCGUAUCUUGUCAGUCCCGUAAACAUGCUCGUUCGCAAACCCAAAUCAACCUCGAUGAUCGAGGCCUCCGGUCUGCCCGCCAUGGGAUGUACAGCCCUCCAAGCGCUCGAGCUCGCGCGAGUCAAGAGAGGCGACAAGGUCCUGGUGACGGGAGGAAGUGGGGGUUUGGGAAACAUGUGCGUCCAACUGGCGCGAGCUCUUGUCGGCGAGUCGGGAAUCGUCGUGUCGACAUGUUCAUCACAAAACUCGGAACUUGUGAAGAGCCUAGGAGCAGAUGAGACAAUCGACUACAGAGUGCAUGAUCCCCUGUACGAGUACCUCAAAAAGCACCACUCCUCAGCCCCGUUCAACGCCAUACUUGACGUCGCCGGCAAUCCCAGCGAAAUGUUCACGUCGUCCCCAGAGUUCCUCACCGAGUCCGGGAUGUUUGUUGUCUUGGGGAACAUGAAGGCACUAGCAAGCGCCUCUCUCCUCGCCCUGCUAUCUGGAUUACUGAUUUUUCAGCUGAACCGCUUCCGGCCGGUGUUUUUGGGAGGGACACCUCGAAAAUGCAUUUUCUAUUCAGCCACGCCAAAUAGCAAAGACUUGAAAAGAAUCUGUGACAUGGUCGAGGCAGGACAGGUCAAGUCAUUGGUUGACAGUGUGUGGAAAUUCGAGGACGUGAUCAAGGCAUACGAAAGAGGCCUGAGCCAAAGAGCCAGAGGGAAAAUCGUUGUGACGUUUGAGUAG